GGAAAGAGGAGCUGUGUAUUUAUAGGUGGCCCAGAGAUAAGUUUAGUUUUUUCUUUCAUCAGGUGGAAAUGUGUGGGAACUUGCUGUUGCUAUAUUCAACCUCUGACUGUUUUAACAAGAAUCCGGAAACCCUCCCUCAAAAAACGACGCACACCUGCGCUGGGCAAGAACUAGGGCAAGGACAGGCCAGAGCUCUUCCCACCUACGCUGCCCAAGAGCUUCUUCUCCGCCGAUUCUGCUGGUCUUCUCUUCUCCGUUCCACAGCCCAGGUAUGGCAUCUCACAAAGUUAGUACUUUUGAUGACGAAGGGAAACAAAAAAAUGAUUCCAAAAAAUUUCAUUGGGACCAUGCAACCCAUAUGACCUUCAUUGAUGUAUGUCUUGUUGAAGUGCGAAAUGGUAAUAGGCCCGGUAGCCAUUUUAAUAGGUUGGCCCGGUAGACUCUGAGAACGAAGUUGACGAGGAAGAUAGUCAACAUGAUAUAUUGUGUGGUAUUAUUGUCUCUGGCAUAUUAUUUGGACACAGUUUGCAUAGGCAAAUGCGGAUCCCUUGUCGUACAUCUGCUCGUUCAGGAGCUAUGUUUAUUCGGGAAGUUCUAGAAGGCCACCCUAUUCGAUGCUAUCAAGACUUUAGGCUACACAAAGAAGUGUUUAUCAGUCUAUGUGAGGAUCUUAAGUGUCACUAUGGUUUUGUUGAGUCAAGAGAACUAUCCAUAGAAGAAUCUUUGGGUAUUUUCCUAAUGACAUUGGCUCAUGGUGUGGGAAAUAGGUUGGUUCAAGAGACUUUUAAUCAUUCCGGUGAGACAAUACAUCGUCAUUUUCACAUAAUUCUCCGAGCCGUGUGUAGACUUUCAAAGGAUUUAAUUCGACCCAAUAAUAGCUACAAUGAAGGAUGUCCAUCUUAUAUACGCCACAACUCACGAUAUUGGCCAUAUUUCAAGAAUUGCAUAGGAGCAAUUGACGGUACUCAUGUGAAGGCUAGUGUUAGAGAGGGUGAGCAAACAAAAUGGAUUGGGAGGAAAGGCUACCCAACACAAAACGUACUAGCAGUUUGUGACUUCAACAUGUGUUUCACAUAUGUAUUGGCGGGAUGGGAAGGAUCUGCUCAUGAUACAAGAAUAUUUACCGAUACGAUACGGAGGCAAGACGGAAACUUCCCACAUCCUAGUGGAGAUAAGUAUUAUCUAGUUGAUGCGGGGUAUCCAAAUAGUAGGGGCUAUCUUGCACCCUAUAAGGGAACACAUAUAAGGUAUCACUUUCAGGAUUUUCGAAGAGGCAAAACAAGAGGAGCACGUACUCCAAAGGGGACAGAAGAGAGAUUCAACUACAUACACUCAUCUUUGCGCAACGUAAUUGAGAGGACUUUUGGAGUUUGGAAAGCAAGAUGGUCUAUACUCAAAGACAUGCAUGUCAACUACACUAUUGCCACUCAAAUUGACAUCAUUGUUGCAUCCAUGGCGAUACACAACUACAUUAGAAUGAAGCAUUCUCAAGACGAUGCAUUCCUAGUGGCUCAAAAUGAAGCAUAUGACCCGCAUGAAGAAGUUGAUCCUCAAGAUGUUCCAUUCACACAAGGAGAGGGAUCAUCAAGUCAAAGAAGUGAAGAUGUAGUGCACAUGAAUGCUAUUAGAAACAUAAUAGCAAAUGCGAUAAAUGCUAACUUUCGUUAACUUUUAUUUUGGUAAAAUACAUUUUCAAACUUUCAUGCAUUAACAUUUAUUUUUGCCCGAAUGCAUGUGUAGUUUAUAUUAUUUUUGACAACUC